UAUUUACAGCGCGAAGUUUAUCUGGCUGAAUUGAAGUAUUGGCAGCUGCAGACCGUAGACGAACUGGAGAUGGUACAUGAUGAAAAAAGGUUGUUGCAGUGCGUCAAAGGGCGAGUCACGGAGGACUUUCUACGCGAGUCGUCACCAGAGAAGCAACGACCGUUGAAAGUAAUGGAAUUCAAAAUUCCUCCAAAGAUACAGAUAAUGAACAAGGUGUUUGGCGCCGGAUACCCCUCUCUUCCCAAGCAAACAGCUGAACAGUGGUACGACAGCGUUUUGGCUCCACAGCGCCGCCAGGCAGCCAACAGACUCGAAAAUCGGCAGUCGCUGUCUAGGGAAGUUUCUGAGCAAGAAAAAGGCAGUAGUGAUGACGAAGACGAAGUUAGGCGGCUUCGAGCCUGGGACGAAUUUCGAGACGACAACCCAAAGGGCUCAGGAAACACGUACAACAAAGGAUAA